CCCGGGCGCCGCUUCGCGUUGCGCCUGCGUGCCUGCCUGCGCGCCUUCAUAAGUUGACUGGGAUACCCUAGUUGGCGGCCUCGGAUCUUGGGCGCUGCCCCAGUAUGGUAAUAUGCACGACGUCGUCCCUGGUCGCAGAGCGUGUGGCCCCCCACGGCUACGGUGUUCAGGAGCACUUUGCCACCACGGGGGACGGAUACAUCCUCCGCCUGUUCCGUGUGUGCGCCGGCGGCAGUUGUGAUGAUCACAACAACAACACCUUCGGCGGCAGCGGCAGCAGUAGCAGUAGCGAUGGUGCCGCCACCGCCGCUCCCGGGCCCUCCUUGUCAUCUACCUCGUCAUCAUCUCACUCGCUGCGCCCUGCUGCCGCUGGCGGCGGCGGCGGCGGCGGCGCCAAUGGCGGGCGGAUCGUGGCUUUCCUGCACCACCCUCUGAUGGGCAGCGCGGUGGACUGGGUGGUGAUGGGGCCGCGCCGCAGCCUGGCCUUCAUACUGGCGGACGCGGGCUACGACGUGUGGCUGACCAACGCACGUGGCAACCGCUUCAGCCGCAACCACACCCGCCUGGACCCGGACUCGCCCCACCCGCACACCGGCGCGCCCGCCUUCUGGGCCUUCAGCUGGGACGCCCACGCCGCCCGCGACCUGCCGGCGGCGCUGGAGGCCGUGGAGCGCGUGACGGGGCAGCGGCGGGUGGCGUACGUGGGCUACUCGCAGGGCACCACGGUGGCUCUGGCGGCGCUGGCCUCCCAGCCCGCCGCCAUGUCUGGGCGGCUGGCGGCGGCGGCGCUGCUGGCGCCCGUGGCCUACGUCAGCCGCAUGCGCAGCCCCGUGUUCCGGGCCAUGUCCUGGGGGCGGGCGGACCUGCUGUUCAACGCGAUGGGGCUGCACGAGUACGGGCCGCACGUGCCCGCCGCCGCCGAGGCCGCCGCGUGCUUCUGCGGCGCCUGGCCCGCCCCCUGCCUGGCCUACCUGGAGCUGCUGUGCGGGGCGAACACCGGCGGCGGCAGCAGCGGAGCAGUAGUAGCGGGGGGCGGCGGAGGUCCCGGCGGCGGGGGUGCGGGCGGCGGCGGGGUCUGGGGCCGCAGCUGGGGCUGGGGCGGCUGGGGAAGCUGGCUGUGGGGCGGCGGCAGUGGUACAGGCCGCAGUGGCACAGGAGCGGCGGCGGCGGCGGCCCCGCGGCGUGGCAACGUAGACCCGCGGCUGCUGCCUGACAUCAUGCGCUUCCUGCCCAGUGGCACGAGCGUGAGGAACAUGGAGCACUGGGGGCAGGCCGUACGCGCCACCAACCCCCGCCGCAUGUCGUACUAUGACUACGGCUCCGACUGCAGCCGCAUGCCCGCCGCCGCCGCCACUGGCGCCACCAAUGCCACGCACCCCACCACCCCCACCACCACCUCCCAGCCAUCCACCCCCUCCCCCGCCCCAACGACCCGCGGGGAGCACCUGUACGACGACGGCACCACGCCGUACUGGUCGUACACAUGCAACCGCCACGCGUACGGCGACGGUUUCGCCGACCAACCGCCCGAGUACGACCUGUCGCACAUCCCGCCCGCCACCCCCAUCGCGCUGUUCAGCGGCGGCGCCGACAGCCUGGCCGGCCCGGCUGACGUGUCAGACCUGGCGGCGGCGCUGGCGGCUGGCGGGUCGCUGGCGUUACACCACGUGGAGCCGGCGUACGGGCAUCUGGAUCCAGGCGUGGGCGCUGACGCGGCUGACCGGUUGUAUCCGCACGUGUUGGCAUUCCUGGACAGCGCAUGGAGGGGGCAGCAGCAGCAGCAGCAGCAGGAGGAGGAGGAGGGGCAGCAGGAGGAGGAGGAGGGGCAGCGCCUGGGUGGGCAAGAGCAGUAGCAGCAGCAACGCCUGGAGAAAGAGGGGGAGGGAGAGGAGGAGGAGGGGGAGGGGGAGGAGGGCGAUGACGGGGCGCGCGCGGGGGGUGGUGGAAGAGCACUAGCCAGGCACGCAAGAGUCUAUUGUGCGAGCAGGUGGUGACAACACCGGGGCGUGGAAGCACGGGGCGAUAGCUGGAAGGGGUGGAUGUCGUCACGACGUGUGUGCAUCGAACAUGUGUGUGUGUGUGUGUGUGUGUGUGUGUGUGUGUGUGUGUGUGUGUGUGUGUGUGUGUGUGUGUGUGUGUGUGUGUGUGUGUGUGUGUGUGUGUGUGUGUGUGUGUGUGUGUGUGUGUGUGUGUGAGCGAGGGCGGCAGGUGGCGGCAGGACUGCUGCAGCAGCAGGUGGGAGACGCAGGGACGACACGCAGCGACCCGGACGCACAGCUAGGAAAUGACUCAGCCCAGGGAAGGACUGAGCCCCUAACUGAGCCCCCGCAGCGGGUGUGCGGCAUGUGGGCUGCCCCUUAUGUGAGUUCAUUCGACGGGUGCAAAUUCGUUGGGCGGAGGCCGCUCCGGCGAAUUGUAAGCCCCGGACUUUGCUUGGACCUUUUAAGGCCGCUCAGUAAACAAUGCGUCGACCCACGAACAUU